AUGCCUUCCAAACAUCAUCAUCCUUUGCAUAUCCGAACUGUUUCUUCCUCUCCAUCCGUGAUGAUGACAGAGUCGACCAAUAGUGCAGCCGAUCGAACGAUACCAACAACAACUGGUUCGGGAUCAGUAGCAGUCUCCUCCUCCUCCUCCUCCUCUUCAUCCUACAAUCACUCAAAUCAGCACUCAUCCAGAUGUUAUGGCACCAAUCAGAGCCCUUCGUUUGAGGUCUCAAGUACUUUGGCAUCAUCCAACUGUUGCCGACAACCACGUAAAUUGAGAAAGCAAAUCAAUACAAAGGCUUUCAAAGAGAAUUACUUUGAAUUGGAUAUUACUUCCUCGAGCGAGGUUCAACUGUUGCAAUUUAAAACUGACUCUUCUUCCAAUAAGAAGAAUAAGAAGGAGAGUGGUAGUGCUUGUGUUUCUUCUAAUUUGAAAAGGGUUCUUUCAAACAACAACAACAACAACAACACUAACCAUUCGCCACCGCAAAAGAAGUCUUCUUCUUCUUCUUUGAAUGAGCCAAUGAAAGAAGUUUCUAACAAUAAGAAGAAGAGAAAAACGAUGGAAGAACAAGAUCCUAUUGAACCACAACAAGCUCCAACCACAAGUUCUUCUUUCAAUACUACCACUACUAUGAGUGGCUCCUUGUACUAUUCGCCAUCAACAACGACCAACACGACGAACAAGAAGAAGAUGAAAAGAACAACCAUGUCGACAAGAAUAAGUUCAGAAGCAACCCUUUCGACCUCGCCACCACCAUCACCACCACAACACCAACAACCACAAGCAACAAACCAAGACGUCAUGAUGGUCGCUCAUAUUCAAGAAAAGGUUGAGCAAGUCAUUCAAGACACCAUUCCUCUCAUCUACUAUUUGAAUUCACUGAAUCAGAAUCCCAAUAGUACAAGUUUGAAUCAACAGAUCACCACCAUGUCUCAUCCACAACAACAACAACAUCCAAUGUCAAGAAGCACCAUUAUGAACACCACCACGAUUUGCCAAGAAGCUCCCACAAUGAAUCAAACAUCUCCUCCUUCUUUUGGAGUGUCAUUAAGUCAUUCGAACACUCCGUUCGCACAAUCUAACAACAUGGCCAACCUUGCUCUUGAACGUUAUACAUUCCAAACCCAAGAUCUUGAUCACGAGUCAAGACAAGAAGAGACUUCUUGGAUGGUCGAUUCCUCCUUUGCCCUUCAGGUACAACCACCAGCAACACAACCUCCACAUGGCAUUAUUUCAGCAGGACCAAACCAAUCCAUGAACAACUCUUCCAAUCUGAUCACUUUCAACGACACUAAUUUUCAAGAACUGUGUAAGAUCUUGACCAAUAUGCUUGAAAGUGAUCCAUUCGCUUUGCAAAAGCUUCAAUACAACAACCAUGACAUGAGUCAACAGAAUCAGCAGCCACUCAGUACCUAUGCUCAUCACACACACCAACAUCAAUUGAAUCAUGAGCACGUUAGUCUUCCUUCUCAAGGAGGUUCCCAAUUACAACGUUUGACAAGCUCCUCUCCACCAAACUCAUUCGUCAAUGUCCGUCAUUCAAGUUUGUUACCUGUUGCUGCUGUUGGACACCCACAAGAAGUUCCAUCCAGUCAUUCACUUCUCUCCACGAUUGGAGAAGAUUUAAAUCUCAAUUCCUUGUUGAUGCUUAAUGGCUUGAACAAUGCAAGUCGUGCCAACGAAACUUGUGAAGAAGAAUCAUCCUCCUCUACGUCCUCUUCAUUACUCAACAUUCCAAGUAACAUGAUGUUUUUCAAUGACUGA